AUGGCAAGAACAAGAUCUAGUGCUGGAACUAGCGGCGGUCGUGGAAGAGGCCAUGGUGAAAACGAAGACUCUGGUCAAGGUCGUGGUAUUGGCCGAGGAACUGGACGGAGUGGAGGCCGUGGUCGUGGAAAUGAACAAGCUGGAGGUCGAGGUAUUGGUCGUGGCGUUGGUCGUGGUGCAGGCCGCGGUGGCGGCCGGGGUAGUGGUCGUGGACGCGGUCGUGGUGGAGCUGAAAAUGAAACUACUAAUGAGCAAGCUGGCAUGCAACCAGACCCAGCCAUGAUUUCCAUGAUUACCCAAGUGGUUAAUACUGUACUUGCGCAAAAUGCUCAAAAUGCACAAAAUGCUCAAAAUGCGCAAAACGCAGAGAAUGAAGAUGCCCAGUAUGAGGAUGCUCAGUAUGAUGAUGCUCAGUAUGGGGACGCAGGGGAUGAUCAGAAUGGUGAAUAUUAUGAAGACGUUGAUCAAGGAAUUCGUAUUGGGACUGUGCCAAGGGGACCUAGAAGUGGUGUCAGGACUUCAACCGAACUGGUGAAGCUAGAACGAGACUUUUUGGAACAUAAGAUGGUUGGUGCUGAUCAUGCUGGAUAUACUACCUGUUUUAAUGAACUGUCAAGGCUCGUUCCGCAUUUGGUUGAACCUGAGAACAAAGGUAUAGAGAAGUAUCUUCGUGGGCUAAUUCCUUAG